AUGCAGCGCUACAAUGACGCCAUCGCGGCCUUGAACACGCUCGUGUCCUCCUCCGACACCACCGGUGCGCACCUCGACGUUGUGCUUAUCUGCUGUGUCGUCUUCAUCACGAUUGAGAACCUCCAUGGGCGCAGCGCCGCAGCUGCCUGUCACCUGCGCGCGGGUUGCGAUAUCGUCAAGCGCUUCCGGUCGGCACCGGUGGGGGCAAUAGCGCACAAGAUGGCGGGCCGCGCCGACGACAUGGGCCGUUUCUUGCUUGUCCUUCAGGACAUGCUCAACGGUUUUGGGCGAUGCCUGGCCUCGUACGUCGGCCUGGACCUCUUUGCAGACCUGGACUUUGGCGUGCCAGUGUCGGAUGUGGGCCACCCGGCCGUGCCGUUUGCCAGCCUCGGGGAGGCGGAGGCGAUGUUGGCCAACAUUGACCGCGCAUUCUACACAAGGAUGUGGAAAGUGAAGGCGUACUCGCCACAGCCCUCAAACGUUGUAGACGUAUUUGCUGAUAGAACAAGAAGCCUCGAGAGCCAGGGCCCCAAAAUGAAUCUCACCCACAGGAGGGCGGCAAGAAUGGCUACCACGCAAGACUUUCUCGUCUGGAGGAAGCGAUGUGAGCCGCUUUUGGCACGGCAAGACGGUGAUGUUCGUCGCAUAGCAUCACUCGCUCUCGACCAGGGCAUCUGGGGCAUCAUACUCGGCGACGGCAGCGGCGGUGAGCCGUAUGCUUCUGAGAAGUGCCACCGGGUCUUGAACCUCGCCGAGGAUGUGGUCCGCACGGAUGCGAGCGCCGCGGAUCGUCGUCCCCUCUUCACCUGUGAAGGAAUGCUCAUCUGGGCGCUGUAUUAUAUAUGCUAUGGGUCCGAAGACACCACCGUACGCAAGAGGUGCAUCGCGCUCCUGCGAGCCGCCAACAGGAGAGAGGGCCUCUGGGACAGCCGCGACGUCGCGACCAUCUGCGAGACUGCCGAAGCGGCCUUGGGCAGCGGCGCUAUGUCGUGGGGGGACAUCCCGCAUGGCGUCUUGACGCUGGCGGACAUGCUACACGUUAGACCUCGGGGGUUUUCACUGGAGAGCGUGCGUGACCUAGGAGCUGACAGAGCUGGGAGAGGGUGA